UGUGGAUUUAAGGAAGGUGAUAAUCAAUAUUCAAUUUCAAAAGAUGCGUCAAUUUCUUGAAGAGGAGGAGCAACUUUAUCUACAGGGACUGGACAGAGAAGAAGAGCUUUUCCAACCACUCCCAAACAGUCAAGUGAGAAUGACCCAGAAUUCAGAAAGGAUGAAAGACAUGUACAGAGAGCUGUGGGAGCUGAGCCACAUGCCUGGCGUGGAGCUGCCCCAGGAAGUCGGAAAUGCAUUGGCAAGGACUGAUUUGGCACAGAUGCAAAAGCCCCAGCUGGUAAACCCAGAGCUCACUUCAUGGGGCAUAACUGGAGUCCAAGACGUGCUCAACAAAUUCAGAGUGGGUAAUUCUCUGAGUACAGAAAUGGUUCCUCGCUCUAUAAGCCUUUCUGAGGAUGUGAGACAAGUGACAUUUGGAGAUGACCAUCACAGUGCAGUCAUAGAUCCCCCAGGAGUGGAGAGCUUUGCACUGAGGGGAGCUCAAGCAUUCUCCUCCCACAGGCAUUACUGGGAAGUGGAUGUGACCUACUCCUCCGACUGGAUUUUGGGAGUCUGCAAAGAUUCCAGGACAGCAGAUACCAAUAUCAUUAUUGGUUCUGAUGAAAGAUUUUUUUUUUUUUCAAUUUCCUCAAAGAUAGCAAUCACUAUAGUCUCUCCAACUCUCCAGCUUUAAUUUAUUAUGUGCAAAGGCCUCGGGAUCGUGUUGGGUGUUUCUGGAUUAUGAGAAUGGAGCUGUGAGUUUCUUUGAUGUUUAUAAAGGUUUUCUUAUCUUUGGUUUCCCUCCUUCUCUUCCCCUCUGAGGCCUUUCUUUUGUUUUGGUUCCACAUGAGAAUUUGGUUUCAUGAUGAUUUAUUGUGACCUCCCAUAAAUGAGGCAAAUAGUGUCCUGAAACCUUAUGUGAGGAAAGAGGUCUAUGUGUGAGAGCCUGUGAGCUCAUUGUAACUUCAUGGAAUGUAAUUACUUUAUGGUUAUAAAUGAAAUAACCACCUUGAUUGUAUAUCUUUGUUAAUUUAG